UGAUGACGUCAGCAGAGCGUUCCCACGCCCCUCACUGCGAUGGAAGCGGAACCGGGAGCGGACCGGCGGCGUUGGGCCGCGGCUUCGUGUGUGUUAACGGGAGCCUCGAGGGGGUUCGGCCGCAGCCUGGCACGGCUGUUGGCACCGAGGCUCGGUCCGGGCUCGCUGCUGUUGUUGCUGGCCCGCUCGGAGGAGGCGCUGAUUCAGCUGGCUGCUGAGCUGCGUGGCUCCUGCCCGGAGCUGCGGGUGGAGUGCGUGGCCUCCGAUCUGGGCUCCGAGGAAGGGUUACGGAGGGCGGUGGGUGCAGUGCGGGAGUUGCUGUCUAACGGGCCGCCCGGCCGCCUGCUGCUCAUCAACAACGCCGGCUCCCUGGGUGACAUCUCCAAAUCCUUCCUCAACCUCACCGACCCCAAUGAGAUCAACUCCUACUUCGCCUUCAAUGUCACCUCGGCACUCUGCCUCACCAGCAGCGCCCUGCAGGCCUUUGGGACACGGCCAGGCUGCAGCAGGACGGUGGUGAACAUCUCAUCUCUCUGUGCCCUGCAGCCCUUCCGUAGCUGGGCACUGUACUGCAGUGGGAAGGCUGCCCGGGACAUGAUGUUCCGUGUGCUGGCAGUGGAGGAGCCUGACGUCCGUGUGCUCAACUAUGCUCCAGGUCCCCUGGACACAGACAUGCAGCUCUUGGCUCGCACUAAGACUGGAGAUAUUGAGAUGCGUCAGCAAUUCCAGAGCCUUCAUGAGAGUGGGAAGCUGAUAGACUGUGCUGUGUCAGCCCAGAAGCUGCUGAAGCUGCUGGAGGAGAAUACCUUCACCUCGGGUGCACACAUGGACUUUUACAGCAUCUGAGCUGCUCUCAUUUCCAUGCUCUGCUUUCUGCCCUCUGUAGUGCCUGCUGUUCCCCGUGUUUUGGUGGCUGUUUGGUUGCUGCAAAGCCUCUGGGUGCCUUAUGGAUGCUCCCUGUGCCCUCAUGGGGGUGGGUGGGGGGACUCACUGCCAUGCUGAGCCAGAGUGCAAAGAAAGCCACGUUCUGAGGACCACUUAUCAAAGGUCUUAUCCUUCCUGAGCCCCACAGAGCCCUCCUGUACACACAGCAGAAGCAAAGGGAUGGGGGAGCAGAGGUGGCUUCCCCAGUGGAAGAGCUAUACAGAAAGCACCAUGUUAAUGCAUUGCUGUAUAGGAGUGAGUGUGGAUGCAUGCUCCCCAUUCUGCUCAUUCAGAGGCAGGAGUUGAGCAGCAGAGGGAGCUGCCUGUGCAGAUUUGGCUCUGAAGCACAGACCCACCCACCAGCACAACCCACAUGGGUUACAGCCCUGCCCUGGGUUUGUGCAGUGCUCGUUUGAGUCCAGGUCUGGAGUAGGGGCCUGAACCCCUCCUGGGCUGUUCCUUUAAGGUAUUUGUGGGGUUUUAUCCUUGUUUUUCCCAUUGGGUUCCAGUAGGCAGAAGCCCACAACUCAUAGAUGUGCCUGUCCAGAAAACUGUGCUAGAAUUGGGAGCAGCACAGUCCUAACAAUAAGGCUUGCACCCCAUGUGCCCAACCCAAUGACAGCCACCUUCCUGCUGCCCUCUCACACAGCCCCUUAUCCCAGUUUUUGUCUAUCUCCAUCUACGGUCAUUAAAAGUUUACUGUCUCAUC